UUUUGGUCAACUGCCAAACAGUUUUGGGGUCAUUACUAUAUCACAGUCCAGAGUUAUGAAAACGGCGAUCUGUGUACGCGCUGAUUAAAAAUUACGAGUAGGCGUAAAACUCAUUGAACAAUAAUGCUUCAAUUGUUUUAAUUGAAAGUGCCCUCUCCCACAUUAAUUGGUCACGUGGUGGUGCCCCCUGAGUACCCGCCGUUAUCGCGUCUCUAGACAGUUCCUCACCAGCAUUCAAUCAAAAUGGUUAAAUCGAAAGUGAACGAUUUGCGCGGUCUUUUGUCGAAAUCUUUAGGAAAUGAAAUCGAAAUCAUCGACCAGAAAACCACUCUGCUAACCGCACCGGGCGAGCACUACGGAAGUAUCAUGCUUUCUCUGCAAGUCACUGUCAAAAAACCGAACACCAAAGAACAAACGUACAACCUGGUGGCCAAGUUGAUACCGGCGAAUGAGAUGCUGAGGGUGGCUUUCGACAUUUCUGUCACGUUCAAGAAAGAAGUCGUCGCUUAUACCGUCACCAUUCCGGCUUUGACACAACUUCAGAAGGAGUACGGGGUACCCGAGGAACGUCUGUACGACAAUCUUUUCCCCAAGUGUUACGGAGCGAGGGUUUGUUUGGACUCCAACAAGAACGAAGUGGACGAAGACGGUGUUCUCAUUUUCGAGAAUUUGAAGAUUCAGGGGUUCAAAACUGAAGACAGACUCGUCGGUUUUGAUCUUGAAGGCGCCAGACUUAUUUUGAACGAUUUGGCGCGUUUUCACGCAGUGCCAAUUGCACUAAAGCGUCUCAGACCUGAAGAAUUUGAGAAAAAAGUGAUGCCGUGUCUCGCCAAGAACAAAGGUUUGGAACAACUGCCACCCGAAGUGGGUUUGGCUUUUCACAACAGCAUUAUGGAAGGUGCCGCGGAGCUCGAAGAACUGAAACCCUUCUUAGAAAGAAUUCGAAAAGUCGUGGACUAUGCAGCUGCAAAUCCCUACGUCGACAGAGUACCACCCGAGGAACUGUGGGGGAGCGUUACUCAUUCGGACUUUUGGACGUCCAACACCAUGGUAUUAGCCAACGAAGAAGGUAUUCCCGUUAAGAACAAGAUGGUCGAUUUACAGAUCAUGACAUACAGCUCGAUUGCCAGAGAUGUAAUUUUUUUCAUGUUUACUAGUAUUAUCAACAAAGUUCUCGACGACAAUUACGAAGAUCUGAUAAAGCUGUACUUUGAAUCUUUCAUUUCGACAUUAAAAGAAUUCGAUCUGGACGUUAGUGAUUACACUUUCGACGCAUUUCUACGAGAACUGGACGAAAUUGCCCCCACCGAAAUCUACCACGUGUUGGUUAUGUUGAAACCAAUUUGCACCGAAAGAGGUAAGGUCCAGAAUAGUUUAGAAGACUUCCAGGACAGCGACUGGAGCCGGAAGGACCUCUUGGGGCCUGCGCACCGGAAAAAACUCAAAGACACAGUUCUCGCACUGGUUAAAAGGAACUGGAUUUAAUGAAAUAGCACGAAUUUUAUUUUGUAUUUUACGCAAUAAAUAUAUUUAUCUCAAAACAAA